AUGAAGGAAAUUAUCACCCUCCAGCUGGGUAACCUCAGCAACUACGCUGCCACACACUUCUGGAACGCCCAGGAAUCGUAUUUCACAUAUUCAGGGCAAGAUGAGUCGCCCAUAGACCACAACGUGCACUGGCGCCCGGGCGUUGGGGCAGAUGGCAGCGAAACUUUUCUUCCGCGGACAGUCAUCUACGAUUUGAAAGGAGGCUUCGGCUCCCUAAGGAAGAUCAACGCCCUGUACGAGGCCGGGUCGGCAUCAGACCAUGCAGCGUCAUCCUUGUGGUCAGGGCAGUCCGUCGUCCAGAAGCAGCAACCCAUCGAGCAAUCAGAAUACCAGAAGAACCUCGACGCGGGAGCCGACACGUCACAGCUAACACAGAAUAAGGUCCGCUACUGGUCCGACUUCUCGCGCAUCUACUACCACCCAAAGUCCCUGGUCCAGCUCUACGACUAUGAGCUCAACUCCUCGAUCAGGCCCUUUGAGCGCUACGCGGCUGGCACCGAGCUGUUCGACUCGCUGGACAAGGAGCACGACAUUGUGGACCGGGACAUGCGUCCCUUUGUAGAAGAGUGCGAUCGCAUGCAAGGUAUCCAGGCGCUCGCCACGCUGGACGAUGCCUGGGGUGGCUUCUCCACAAAGUACCUCGAGGCGCUGCGCGACGAGUAUCCAAAGACGUGUAUAUGGCUCUGGGGCCUGCAGAGUCCCAUGCUGGACACGCCCAGGGAGAAGCGCCAGCUGCGCAUGAGCAAUGUCGCGCAGACGUUGGCCAGUACCUGCGCGUCCGCCUCCAUGGUCGUGCCGCUGUCCAUCCCCGAGAGUGGUCUGCCGCAGGGCGUGCACAUUGAUCCACGGUCUCCCUGGAGUACGGGUGCCGCGUUCGCGACGGCCAUCGAGACGGCCACCAUGGAGUCACGCCUGACGGGGAGAAACGACGCCGCACAGAACUCACUGUGGGACAUUGUCGAAACGCUGAACGCGGGCGGCAAUCAGAACAUGGCCAAGCUGCGUAUGCGGGUCGCUUCGUCGGUGGCAGACUUGGAGAAGAGUGACUCUGACAUGGACAUGUUUGGCGUGGGACAGCUGUGCAAGGGGAUGUCGUCGACGCAGAAAACCGGUAGAAGCCGCGUCUUUGGACAAUUGAGUACGCACAGGGGGGCAGCACCAGACGAGGACGUGGUCAAGGGCGAAGACGAGGAUCCUCGUGCUCGCAGACUGGUUGGAGAUCCCGUCUACCGAAGGUUCGAUACGCCACUGAAGUUUCCCAUGCUUGAUAGCUUCCCUGGAAUAUGGCCAGGAGCAGGUAAAGAGACUGCGGUGGACGUACAGACUGUCCUUUCCACAGAGACUUCAAUCGGCCCCCCCAUCAAGACCUUGAAGUCGCUGUCCGCCUGGUCUAUACCGCUAGACGAGCGUGAGACGGUCGCCAACGGUCUUUCUGAGAUUGCAGACGCCUAUCAAGACGACUGGUCAAGCGGGAGUGACGAGGACGAUGACGACGCAUAA